CACGAGAACUAUGUCGGGUCGUCGUCUCUACGUUGGUCGCAUCCCGCAGCAGGCCUCGCGCGCCGACUUUGAGCAGCACUUUGGUGCGGUUGGCCGCCUCGUCGACAUCCGCAUCAUGGCUGGCUUUGCCUUCCUCGAGUACGAGUCGCUCAGGGAUGCCGAGCAGGCCGUCGCCGACUUCAACAACCACGACUUCUGCGGCGAGCGCAUCCUCGUCGAGUUUGCCAAGCCGCCUCGCAGCAUGAUGGACGACCGUUUCGGCGGCCCUCCUCGCGGUGCGCCGUACGGUGGCGGAUACGGCGGUGGAUACCCCGGCGGUCCCGGUGGCUACGGUCCCCCGGGCGGCCCGGGCGGGUACGGCGCGCCGCGCGGCUUCGACCGCCCUCCUCGUCAGAGCGGCUACCGCCUCACGAUCUCGGGCCUCCGUGAGGGCACUACGUGGCAGGAGAUCAAGGACUUUGGCCGCCUCGGCGGCAACGUCGGCUUUGCCGACGUCGACCGUCGCGACCCGACCAUCGGCUUCAUCGAGUACUCGUCGCGCUACGACGCCGAGGAGGCGAUCCGCAAGCUCGACGGCACCGAGCUGAACGGUGCCGUCGUCGCCGUCAAGGACGAGUCCGGCGGUGCCUCGGGCGGCCGCGAUGCCGCUCCUCGCGGUGACGAGGGCUACUCGCGCGGUGGUCGCGACCGCUACGACGAGCGCGACUCGCGCCGCCGCUCGCCGUCGCCUCGCCGUCGCUCGCCGUCGCCCCGCCGCUCGCGCAGCCCGGCGCCCCGCCGCCGCUCGCCGUCGCCUGCGCCGGUCGAGCGCGAGCGUGAGCGUGAGCGCUCGCCGGUCCGCGACAGGAGCCGCAGCCGCAGUCCGCGUGGCUACCGCGACUGAACGCGCGACGAGCGGUCGAUCGGGUCGAGGAGGAGGCGGUUGUCGUUGGAAAAGUGGGCCCGCUUGUGUUGCAGGGACCUAUCGAUGUGCAACUCGAGCCAGCUUGUUUCUGUC